UAUCUAUAGGGAUCAAGGGUAUGCUAUAUACUCACCAUAGAUUACUUCACAGUUUUCCUCUGUCUCAAGCUUCCUGAAAUAUCUCGGUAGGAAUCCUGUACUGACUUAGCUAGCUCGCAGAUUGCAACAGCAAGCUAACUCUAAACAAUCUGUAAAGUUUUGGAGAAAAAUGUGUUGGAAAAAAGAGAGGACCUGUGUUUUUUGUAGGCUGUGCCUGGAGGGUUUAUAUGAUUUAUAUCAAGGGUUUGCACAGCGUCUAGAAGUUUCAGAAGCACUGCUUUAACCAAGAAGAAUCUUACCGCUCCACUGCUAGUUCCCACAGAAAGGUGGCGAUGUGCGACUAAUUGCUGCUGUCUGCCAGAAACAACGAGGAAAAGGAGAGUAAACACAAGCGUGAGUGUACGUAUGUCGAGUUUGGUCUAAAACUCUCCCAGUAAGGAUUAUUAAGGCUCUAGAAUAUAGUGUUGGACACAUGGCGGGAAUAAAAGAUAAAGAGGCUUUCCAGAGGCUGAACUUCCUCUAUCAAGCUGCUCACUGUGUUUUAGCCCAAAACCCAGAAAAUAUUGAACUGGCGAGGUUCUACUGCUUCACCCAAAAAACAAUAGCCAGACGACUGGUGCUGAGACAAGAUCCCUCAGUGAAAAGAACCUUAUGUAAGAGAUGCUGCUCUCUACUGAUUCCUGGAGUUACAUCAACUGCCAGACAGAGGAGUCGCAGAAGGCAGUGUGUGACUGUUAUACGAUGCCUAAGCUGUGGACUGAGCAGAAAGUUUCCAAACAAUCCAAAACAUCAGCUGUGGGUGGACCAGCCAGAGGCACAGCUAGAAAAUCAGCCUCAGACAGAAACACAGAAUCAGUCAUCCAAAACUGCAGUCCAGGGUGAUACAUCUAAAUCCAGCAGUGCUGCCCCAUCAACACACAACCCUUCCUCAUAACUUCCCAGAAUCCCUGAACCUCUUCAAUAUCUGAUUUACCACUUCAGACUGUUUAUUUCUAAUGAUGAGGAUUAUGCUGGUGCUAUGAUCCACGUCCUCUGCAUGUUGUUAAAAUUGCAAGACCACUGUGUGACAUUUGAUUACCUGUCUGUCCAGAUGAAAAAUGUUCAUGCACUGGACACAGGCUCUAAAUGAUUGCUGUGUUCUUUUGCGUAGAAUCUUUACAAUCGUUGCUUAAUUUAUUUUCAUGUCCACAUUAAAAAGUAGUUUAUAUGACAAAUUCACAGUCUGUACUAAAUCCUGGACCACCGUAUAUAUAUUUAUUGGUUGUGAAGCUUACUAUUAAUACAAUGUUGGGUAGAAGAUUGAGUGGCAUUGUUUGUUAGAAGUUAGAUUUGCCUGGUAAAAUAAAGGUUUAAAUUAAAAAAAAAAGAAGAAGUGGCCUAACAUCAUAAAGCAUU